GGGUGAUGCCUAUACAGAGUAGUCAUGGCCAAAACAAAGGGCGCAUCAGUAACCCCAGAACGCUCCCUCGAGAUGUUGCUAAAGAUCGUGGAAAUGUUGCUUUCGCGCCACGAUACAAGCGAGGUCACCCCUGUAACGAACGAUUAGUCAAUCGCAAUCAAAUUUGCGCCAAACGAAACCGGGAGUGACACAAUUCCGGCAGUGCACCUACUGCGCAUGAUCCGGACCGGAAACUGUCACGUAUCUGUCUUCUGCCGAUUCUUCGCCCUUGUUUGUUUAUUUCCACCCGAAUACAAGUCAAUUUGCGACCAAUCUGUUUUAUUAUCAUCGGAUCGAAAUCGUACGUAACAUUCCUCCGGUCUUUCGAAGGAUGUAGAACGUUCCGAGGCGGAAGUUCUUGGUUUUCGAAACCGAAAUCAUAGUAGCUAAGCGUAUUCUUCGCAUUCUCUGUAGUAUGUCAAUCCGGUUAUCCUAGGCCAUGUCCAGCUUCGAGUUCCUCCCCUUUGAGAUUUGCUGUAUGAUAUUCGACUAUUUGAGCGUAUCGGAUCUGAAAAAUGCUUCCCUCACCUGUCGACGCUGGUGUCACAUCAUCUUUUCCGAUUACUACAUCCGGCGGUUUAUGCUGCGGAUCAACCUGCACCGAUCCGAUCAGAGCCGGAUGGUCAAAGCAAUGGGAUCUCCGCUGCUAUCGGAGAGGUCUCGGGUUAGUGUUCCUAGUUCGUUUCCCUGCUCGCUGUAUCAGCGCUGUCGGGCCGGAAAGGGAAAGUCGAAAUGUGAACUUCGCCAUAUGUCGAUGGUCCUGCGGCGGUCCUGUCGUCACUACAAUAACAUCACGUUUGUCUGCGACAAUCGGAGCGAGUUCACCGACAACGUGUUCAACGUUAUCCUGAACUUGCUUCGGCCAAGCGGAGUGGAGCGCGUUGAGAUACUGAAAAUUAUUCUGUCGUCAAAUUUGAAUGUCCUGGUUACAAUACUGAAUAGUGCAAUUAGAAACAUGACACGCUUGCGUAGUUUCCAUUUAAUCUACGAUCCUCAACGAAGACUACAAUGCGGAGAUCAGGUGCGACCCUGUGUAGUGAUCGAGAGUCAAACCAUUACGCACAUAGAACUGAAGUCCGUCAUUCCAGAGCAGAUGCGCUUACCGAAGUUGAACUCUUUGGACGUAAGUUUACAGCCCGGGAUCGCUGGGAUCAUCGAGAGCGUAGCGCGCAAUCUGACAACGCUACAGCUUCAGCUAGAUUGUACUUCAGCGAACUGCGGCGAAGAGGAAAUCUACGCCCUCAGCCUGGAUCAACUGAAAACCCUCAAACUCAGUCGAGGUAUCAUGAACGAGUUCAGCUUUCCGAUCCCAGUUAGCUCCAAUCGCCCAGGUCUUAAGCUCCGAUUCUUCAGGCACCUCGAUAAGCUGGAGAAACUCAUCCUGGAAGAGAAAUACACUGCAGAGAAUAUCUUCCUGGCAAUCUGCGAAACUUCACGCAAUCUAGUAGAGCUCAAAAUAGACCACCUUAAGGUUGUAAACUGCACCGUACUCGAUAAGCUUUCCCUCUUGCAGAACCUUAAAAUUCUCUCACUUCCGAAUAUCUACUCGUCGCACGAAAUCUCCUUCCACUACGUCUACCUACCGAAGCUGGAGAGUCUCCACCUGGAGGUCUUCAAGGACUCGUCCUACUCGUUUAGCAAGUUUGUAAAUUUGAAACGCCUUACCGUUGGAUCGUACUCGUCGCAAGCCCCGGAGGUGAUCGACAUCAUCUCGAUGCACAUCCAACGCCUGCAGGAGCUGCGGUUGUACUUCCUGGACUAUGCCGGGGUGCCGUCGCGGACGUUCCGCAAGGUGACCUACCUGGGGCAGCUGCGCAAACUGGAACUGAUCAAGGGACAUUUGAGGAGGGACGUGUUCGGACGGUGCCCACCGGGACUGAGUGCCCUGGAAACGAUCGUGUUCAACUUUUGCCAGCUGGACACGGAACACUUCGAUGGGAUGAGGGAGAAGUUUCCGAAGCUGAAGGACGUUCGGUUCGUGGAUUGUCUGGUGCGCGGGCAGCUGCCGUACUCGGAGGUGAGGCUGAGCUAUCGUUGAGGGGUGGAUGAUAAGGCGAUGUGACUUAAGAGGGUGUAGGGUGCGGGAAGAAUUUUAAACAUUUUAUCGUUAAUAAAGACAUUGUUGAUGCAAUUCGUUCA